AUGUCGAAACUUGGAAGCUUUAAAGUUCCAUCGCUUAUUAAAAAAAGACGAAUCGAUCAUGGUUUGCCAACAUUUAGCUGGAAUUCAUUGAGAAACGUGGAGGAAAUUGGCAGCGGUAGCUAUGGAUCUAUACACCGCGCAAUUUAUGACAAGGAGACAGUUGCUGUUAAAAAGCUUAAAGGCGAAUCGUCAAUUGCUAAAGAACGAUUUCUUAAGGAAGCAAAGUUGCUUUUUGAAAUGAAGCACGAAAGUAUACCUGGGUUUUUAGGAUUUACAGAAAACCCAUAUUCAUUAAUGAUGGAAUAUGUAAUGUUUGAUUUUCAACCCUUCGGAAUUGAGAAAAGCGUCACCAAUAUUGGAGAGUUCUACCACUUCAUUGACCAUGAAUUUGAUUUCAAAUCGUUCGCCGAUGUUCUUGUCGUAUGUAUUAGGGAUGUGGUAAACGCACUCGAUUACCUUCACAACCACAGUAUCGCUCAUAGACAUAUACCCUGUCAGUUAUAUGACACCAUAACUUGUGUUUAA